AUGGAGCAGGACAGGGAAGCCCGGGCAGAGAAGCGACUGCAGCAGCAGCGGGAGCCCGGCGCUGUUCCCACUGCCCCUGCCCAGCCGCUGAGGAUGGCCCUGCGCCUGCUCCUCAUCGCCCUGCUGGGGCUCGGCGCCCCCCAGCCCUCGGUCCAGGGGCGAGGCUUCCGCACGCCAGCAGCCGCCCGGCCACCUUUCUUCAGCCACAACUCACCCCAGGAGGCCCAGGAAGCCAUGCAGAUCCCCCACAAUGGCAGCGCCCCCCUGCUUGUGGACACGCAGGUGUUUGUGUCAAACGUGUUUAACGUGGACAUCCUGCGGUACACAGUGUCCUCCGUGCUGCUGCUCCGGCUGUCCUGGGUGGACACACGCCUGGCCUGGAACGCCAGUGCACACCCUCGGCGUGAGGUCACACUGCCCUGGGACGCGGUCUGGACACCAGGACUCACCAUCCAGGAGGCGCUCUGGGUGGACUGGCAGGACGAGAACCCACGUGUCCGGGUGGACCAGGAUGGCCACGUGGAGCUGUGCCUGGCCCUCACCGCGGAGACCAACUGUGACUUUGAGCUCCUCCACUACCCCCGGGAUCAGAGCACCUGCAGCCUCAGCUUCUACGCUUUCAGCAACUCCGUGACAGAGCUGGAGUUCAGGGCCUCGGUGGUGAACGAGAUCGUGAGUGUCAAGAGGGAGUAUGUCGUCCAGCAUCUGGAAACUCGAGCCCCCCCUCAGAGGCUGGUGCCCUGCUUCCGGGUGACGCUGCGCCUGCAGAACACAGCGCUCAAGGCCAUCAUCGCGCUGCUGGUCCCGGGAGAGGCGCUGCUGCUGGCCGACGUGUGCGGGGGGCUGCUGCCCCUCCGGGCCACCGAGCGCAUCGCCUACAAGGUGACCCUGCUGCUGGGCUACCUCGUCUUCCACUCCUCCCUGGUGCAGGCCCUGCCCAGCUCCUCCUCCUGCAACCCCCUCUUCAUUCACUACUUCACGGUCCUGCUCCUGCUGCUCUUCAUCAGCACCGCGGAGACCGUGCUGCUGGCUGGGCUGCUGCUCCGGGGCGGCGGCGGGGUCGACAGCAGCCCCAGCCCAGUCCCCAGGCAGGAGCAGACGGACCGUGGCCACGCCAAGACCUGUGCUGAAGGAGCCUCCGGACGAGGAAAGGGGCCGAGCAGCAGGCGGGCGGAGGCUGCCGACCACGCCUUCGGCCUGCUGUACGUGGUGGCGGUGGCGUGCAGCCAGCUGGUGUUCGCUGGACUCUGGGUGUGGGGGACGUGCAAGUCUGCCCCUGCCCCUGGCGAGGCCACACCCCACGGUGGGCAGCCCAGGCUGUGACAGGGCAGGCCGGGCACA